UAAAGGCAUCUUAGAGAAAAAGAAAAAGAAAAAGCAACAGCAGGAGUCAUCGUCUCUUGUGAUCUCCGAACACAACACAAACUAAGCUCAGAAUCUUUACUCUCUCUCUCCUCCCACGCCCUUCAAGGACUCUGUCGUGUCGAUCUCUCUCUCUGUUUUGUAAAUCGUGUCUUCCACCAAUCAGGUACGCACAUGGCAAUGCCAGAAACAAGCCCUGCCACCACUCCCAGUGCUCAAGUUGUUGGCAAUGCCUUUGUGGAGCAAUAUUAUCACAUUUUGCACCAAUCCCCAAACUUGGUGCACAGGUUUUAUCAGGAUUCAAGUUUCUUAAGCAGAUCAGACAGCAAUGGUGUGAUGACAACUGUGACAACUACAAAGGAAAUCAAUGAAAAGAUUAUCUCCCUGAAUUAUGAAGAUUAUACAGCAGAAAUAAAAACUGCAGAUGCUCAGGAGUCAUAUGAGAAAGGUGUGAUAGUUUUAGUAACUGGAUGCUUAACUGGGAAGGAUAAUGUGAGAAGGAAGUUCUCACAGACAUUCUUUCUGGCUCCACAAGAUAAAGGAUAUUAUGUCUUAAAUGACGUCUUUAGGUACAUUGAGGAGAAUGAUACACCACAAUUAAAUUCUGCCUCGGUAAAUGUCAUCAAUGAAAAUGCUGAGGCAGUGCAUGUGCCAGAAUCAGAGGAUAUGCAUGCUCCUGAACAUCUUGUGGAAGACACUUCAACUUUGGCAGAGGGUGAAAACCUUGAUAAUGGUGCUGAAGUUUAUAAUCCUCAGGAUGAGGACGAAGGAUCUGUUAUUGAUGAAGAGGUUGCUGAACCCCCUACUGAUUUAAGUCAGAAUGAUGUUGUUACAGUUCAUGAUUCAACUUCUGCUAUCCAGGAUGAUGCACCAAGGAGAUCAUAUGCAGCCAUUGUAAUGAAAAGUAACACAGCAUCCGGUCAUGUCUAUGUUCCUAGCCGAGCUGCAAGAAUGGCAUCUGCUAAACCCAGUGAACAAUGGCCUAGUACUGCCAAAUCAACUCCUGCACCUGAGGCAUAUAUUGGUGCUCCUAGCAGUGAUAGUGUACCUGGAAGUAGUGAUGUUCAUGAAGAAGUUGAAGGUCACUCCAUAUACAUACGGAACUUGCCAUUUAAUGCAACAGUUGAACAACUUGAAGAGGUCUUUAAGAAAUUUGGUCCUAUUAAGCAUGGUGGCAUCCAAGUUAGAAGUAGCAAGCAUGGAUUCUGUUUUGGCUUUGUUGAAUUUGAGGAUUUGAGUUCCAUGCACAGUGCACUUGAGGCUUCCCCUAUCACUGUUGGCGAGCGACAAGCUGUUGUGGAGGAAAAGAGAACUACUACACGAGUCAGCGGUAGUGGGAGAGGGAGGUAUCCUUCAGGAAGAGGUGGAUUCCGAAGCGACAGUUUCAGGGCGCGUGGGAAAUUUGGUGGUGGACGGGGUUAUGGCAGAAAUGAAUUCAGAAACCAAGGAGAAUUCUCAGGGCAACCUAGGAGUUCUCAACGGCCAAAUCAAAAUGGAGGUGGGCGUGGUGGACGUCAAGGUGUGGGGAAUCGAAAUGCUACACCACCAGCUUCAGCAGCAUGAUCAUAUUGGCUAAUGAAAUAAGAAAAAAAAAAACAAUACAAAGAAGCUGGUGGGUUGAUUAUUAUUAUUAUUUUUUUUUUAUAGGAAAAGGAAGCCAAACACCUUUUUCUUUUCCCCUUGUUUAGGUACAAGUUCAGGUUUCUGAUUUUCCUCGGUGCAAUCAUUCAAUGGAAGAUUAGUGGGUUCAUUAGUACUUGCAGAAGUGUUUUGGAUAGUUCAUGUAUUUUUUCCAUUACCAAUACACUUCUCUGCUUCCAUUUUGCUAAGUUAUUGAGCUAGAACGUUCCUCCGAUUGAGUUGUCACAUCAAUCUCUGUUGUGGAAGAUUUAUAUGUAAAUUGGUACUAUGUGUAUUCUUUUCCUUUUUAUUUUUUCAUAAACCUAAUGGAAACUGUCUACGAUUUUCACCGAUAAGCCUAGAGCGAGUGUAGCAGGA